UGUCAGCACUCGGCCGAAUCCAAAAGGCAUCUUUGUCUCUUUCUAUAAACAAGCACCUGGAAUCAUUCUGAUCGCUCCUCUCACACUCGCCUUCAUCUACCACUUCCAAAUUUCUGAUACUGCUUCCUUAUCCUGGUAAACAUGUCAACGGUGACACUUCCGUAUACCUGUAAGCUGAGUACUACAAAUCUGGCAAGCGCCAAGAGAGCCUUCCUAAAGAGUCCACGCUCGCUAGGGUCUGUAAAGAGCGUUUCGAAAUCCUUUGGCUUGAAAGCUGGCUCUGGCUCUAGAACAUCUGGAUCCUCAGUAUAUAAGGUCAAGCUGGUUCAGCCAGAUGGUACAGAGCACGAGUUUGAUGCGCCCGCUGACACAUACAUCCUGGAUUCUGCAGAGAACGCGGGAGUUGAGCUGCCAUACUCUUGCAGGGCUGGCGCAUGCUCGACCUGUGCUGGGAAGAUCGUGGCAGGCUCCGUUGAUCAAUCCGAUGGAUCUUUUCUCGAAGAGCAUCACAUGAACGACGGCUAUCUGCUGACUUGCGUUUCUUACCCAACCUCAGAUUGUGUGAUCCACACUCACAAGGAGAGCGAUCUUUACUAGGUAACUAGUCGAGUUGUGUCUCGAUGUUAUGCUGAAUGUGAAGUGUUAUGCAUUGUAUUGUUGCCAUCAGAAUCUGGGAUUUGAGUUCAAAUUGGGAAUUGCCAUUAUUGGCUCCAUUUGGUGAUCAUCUUUGUUCAUGCAACACCAUCUUCUCAAUGUAUCUGAUCUUCUACUUUUAUCUAUAUGUUGCCUAUAACAAUCUCUUUUACUUGGACAUGUUAUUUAGCCA